GAGAGAGGUGCAGUUGAGAGAGACGGCCUCUUAGAGCUGUGAGGCAGAAGUGAUGGAUUCAGCCCACAGGAAAGUGACAGUCUUCUCCUAACGGGCCACAGGCAGUACACAACCUGCCCCGGACUCUCACCGAUCAUCAGGAAACUAACUCCACCAUCCAGCUGAAGUUACCACUUGUCUCUUGAAAGUGCUCCAACUUUUUCAAGUGGAUUUGGAAACAAUCUGCUCUUUGUUGACUGUGGAGUUUCUUGCAAGUUGGGCUUCUGUUGGGUUGCAUGACAGUGUUUUAAUAAUAGGCUUUAAAACGUCACAGCCUCUACACUGCUGGAAUGGACUGAGGUGACAAAGAGCGAGUAACUAGACGGGCAGAGUGCAGAAAGGGGGGAGUGGAGGACACGGGGGUGCAGCUUUCACACUUGGGAUGACUUUCCACCAAGAGAAACUUCAAACAGCUCUGGCAGGAGGGCAAGGCAACUGAGGGAGCCUCAUCAGCACUGUGAAGUUAUCUCGCUUUGGUGAGUUGGACACUAACUCAUGGAGUCCCCUCCAAUGGUCUUGCUGGGGCUCCUUUUAGUUUAUGGACUAGCCUGUGGCGUCCAGCAGACGCGCGGGAGUCCUUCGGACAGCAGCCAUGGCAAGGACAGGACCCAAGAAUUUGAGAGCAGCGAGGAUGGUCCAGAGAGAGAGUUUCUCUACGCUGGAAGGAGCAAACGUGCCCCGGCUGACCCACAGCAGGACAAAUGCUCCUACACUUUCAUUGUUCCUCAACAAAAAGUGACCGGAGCCAUCUGCGUCAACUCCAAGGACCCAGAGGCCAUGCUGGAGAAUCGAGUCAAUAAACAAGAGUUAGAGCUGCUAAAUGUGGAGCUACAGAAACAGAAGAGGCAGAUAGAGACCCUGCAGCAGCUGGUAGAGGUGGAUGGAGGUAUUGUCAACGAGGUAAAGCUUCUGAGGAAGGAGAGCCGGAACAUGAACUCCAGAGUCACGCAGCUGUACAUGCAGCUGCUUCAUGAGAUCAUCAGGAAGAGAGACAAUGCCCUGGAAUUGGCACAGAUGGAGAACAAGAUCCUGAACCAAACCUCUGAGAUGCAGCAGCUCACAAGCCGAUACAAAGACCUAGAGCACAAAUAUCAACACUUGGCUUCCUUAGCAACCAACCAGUCAGCUCUCAUUGUCCUGCUGGAGGAGCAGUGCCAGAGUCGACCUCCUCCACGCCACGUCCCUGUACCCCAGCCGCGGUCUCAGCCUCAGCCUCAACCUCAGCCUCAGCCACCUCCAUCACCGCCCCUCAACAAGCCCUACCAGCCACCCGUCCUUCCACGCAUCAACAACCCGAUCAGCAAUGAGAUCCAGAGCGACCAAAAGUCUCUACCACCUGUUCUUCCAACGAUGCCCACCGGUACACACAGUCCAUCCACCACCAACAAACCCUCCGGUCCAUUUAAGGAUUGUCUGCAGGCUCUGGAAGACGGCCACACAGCCAGUGGCAUGUACCUGGUAAAACCAGAGAAUGCAAACCGACUUAUGCAGGUGUGGUGCGACCAGAGACACGACCCAGGUGGUUGGACCGUGAUCCAGAGGAGGGUGGACGGCUCUGUCAACUUCUUUAGAAACUGGGAGACAUAUAAGCAAGGUUUUGGCAAUAUUGACGGUGAAUACUGGCUGGGCCUGGAGAACAUCUACUGGCUGACUAACCAGGGAAACUAUAAGCUGCUGGUCACGCUGGAGGACUGGUCUGGCAGGAAGGUGUUUGCAGAGUACGCCAGCUUCAGGGUGGAGCCUGAAGCUGACUUCUACAAGCUAAGGGUGGGCCGUUACCACGGCAACGCCGGAGAUUCCCUUACCUGGCAUAACGGCAAACAGUUCACAACGCUGGACAGAGACCAUGACGCAUACACAGGGAAUUGUGCCCACUACCAAAAGGGAGGCUGGUGGUACAACUCUUGUGCCCAUUCAAAUCUGAACGGCGUUUGGUACAGAGGCGGACACUAUCGCAGCCGUUACCAAGACGGAGUGUACUGGGCGGAGUUCAGAGGAGGAGCAUAUUCGUUAAAGAAAGUCGUCAUGAUGAUCCGUCCGAACCCAAACACCUUCCACUAGGCAUCCAAGGAUCCUGUGAUAUGUUUGUCACUAAACUAAAAUCUUUAUAGGUCAUUUUUGCUGAAUGGGGAGAAACCAGGGCAAGUCGGAUUUUAAAGAGAAAAGAUGAUGCUGUAAGUGCAAUAUCAAACCAUCAGGACAACGCUGGUCCCACUGACAGUUACACAAAUAUGUUCCAUGUCCAUGUGUCUGAGACAUAGAAACAGUGGGCGUGCUGUCGUCUGAUGUAAGUAAGUAGCUUUCAGAUAUGAACCCUACAAUAUAUACGUAUAUAGUAUAUAACAAACAAAUGAGGUUGACACAGGAAAUGUAUCCAGUGACUAUCUUUUAAUUUCAUUCUAAAUACAUUUUUCAAAUGUUUAAUUUUUAGAAACAGUUACAUUUGCUUUCAUAUUUUCCGGCCAGUUUUCUCAAUUACAGUGACGUGUACUAUUCAAAAUAUUUUUUCUUUUAACAUGCCAGAUUAGUUGUCUUUUUAUGAUGCAACUGUUGAUUUUUUUUUAAAAUAUCAAAAAAUAUCAAAACAUAUAUCAUAAAUUUACUCAUUACCAACAUUACAUUCUCUUCCAUAUCCUUUUUUUUUAUAAAAAAUAAAUAAAAUAAAAAUAAGAAAUUCAAAUCUUGAAUUGCUUGAACAGGUAUUCACCAAUUUGCUUGUAUGAAUCAAGCACUGUAUUUACUGUAUAAAUUUAGUGGUUUGUUGAUGUCAAUAGAUCCAACACAUUGCGUUUGUACAUAAGAUAUUUGUAAUAUAAUGUAUUAAAACUUAUGUCACAAUUAAGUUGCAAUAAAAUAUGUACAGCGUG